AUGCUUAAUAUCCCAUUCUUAAGCAGGUUCAUCCAGAAAACUGUUAAAAGGCAGAAGGUUGCUGAUUCCGUUGAUUACCUCAACUACUAUGUGACCUCAAUUCUUCUCUCCUUCUUCGCUUUGGCUAUAUCUGCAAAGCAAUAUUUUGGAUCUCCUAUACAAUGUUGGGUGCCGAGUGAAUUUAGAGUUUGCCGAUGUGAGGAAGAAGCAUUCACUCGGUGUCUUACCAGUGAAGCAGAGGCAAAUAGCAUAUAGUA